CAAAUUAUCCCUCCACUGGUUCGCUCAAAUGAGUAACUGGACUUCAACAAAUAGCAAUUGAAUAAGGCAGGGGGGAACCGAGAGACACUUUUGAGUGAAAAAGAAGAAAGAGAGGGAAGAUAUCAGCAAUGGAGAUGAAGAGCCCACCUCCAUGUCCAAACACAGUCACCGUCCGUCGAAAUCCUCAUCGGAGGGCUAGGCCUACGCCUUCCACAAAUCCUCCGCAAAACAUCAUCCCUUCGUCAACCACAAAUAAACCUGAUAUUCUUCCAUUCCCUAUUGAAGAUAUUAUGUCAAUGGAAAUUCCUCAAAAUCCUCAGCCCGACCCCCCUCUCUCCUCACCAACACCCGCCUCAGUUUCUGAGAAUCUCAGAGUUUAUCUUAGAAUUCGACCUCUUGUGUCUCCCAAGACAUCCAAAGAUGUCAUAGGUCAAGAGAGAAACAAAAACGCUUGGCCUCAAAAUCCUGUCGCAAAGAAGAAUAGCUUAAAAGCGAAGAACACAAAGAAAAGGAGUAGCAAUAUCUGUAUAUCAGUCAAUGAUCCUCAAUCAGUGACUUUAUCCCCGCCCCCAGCAUUGCAGGAAUCUAAAAGGAUAAAGUCUGUUGUAUACGAAGGGUUUUCACGCGUUUUUGCAGUUGAUUCUUCUCAGAAUGAAGUUUAUGAAAAUAUGGUUAAACCAUUGGUGGAGGAUUUUAUUAAUGGGAAGAAUGGAAUGCUAGCUGCUUUGGGACCUAGUGGCUCAGGAAAAACCCAUACAGUGUUUGGGACUGCGAAGGAACCUGGUAUGGUUCCACUUGCGCUUCAACACAUUUUUAAACAGACCAAGGAGAGUGACUCUAAGUUGUCAAGGUCAUUCUACGUAUCUAUUUUUGAAAUAUAUUCUGAAGGAGGGAAGGCAGAGAGAAUAUUUGAUUUAUCCCCAGGUGGGGCCAUGCCACAGUCAACUGUUAAAGGUCUCCAACAGGUUGCCAUUAAUGAUCCUGCACAUGCAGAAUCUUUGAUAGCUUCUGCAAUGUUGAAACGGUCUACAGCCACGACAAAUGCAAACAGCCAGUCAAGCCGGUCCCAGUGUAUCAUCAACAUACACGGUCUUCUUAAUGAGUAUGACAAAGAACUAGACGUUCAAUCAAAUAAUUGUAUGCUAACUAUCGUUGAUCUAGCUGGUGCUGAAAGAGAAAGGAGAACAAGGAAUCAGGGGUCAAGAUUGCUUGAAAGCAAUUUCAUCAACAAUACAUCUAUGGUUUUUGGUCUUUGCCUAAGAUCAUUAUUGGAGCAUCAAAAAAACCCAAAGAAGCCAUUGCAGAAGCACUUCCAGAACUCUUUGUUGACUAGGUAUUUACGAGAUUAUUUGGAAGGCAAGAAGCGGAUGGCUUUGGUUUUAACAGUAAAACCAGGAGAAGAAGACUAUCUUGAUACAGUCUACCUCUUGAGACAAGCAUCACCUUAUAUGAAAAUCAAGUUCAAUAAUGUCGAUGAACAAUUGAAUUCAGUUCAUCAGAAGAGGCAUAUUCAAUCACUAUGUAGAGUUGAAGCGCCAAAGAGAAAGAAAUACUGCGCCCUUGAUUCUAAUGAGACAGAAGGAAAAAGCACUGGAGACAAACAUCAACUGUUGGAGGAAGUCACAGAUGGGCCACAAAAAUCUAAAUUCGACUCCACUAAUAUUGCACUUGUGAAGGAUGACUGUGUUGAUUUGACGAUAAGGGACAGAAAUCAUCAAAUUAUGCAAAAUUUUGCAAAAGCAUUAUGGAAUAUACUGAAGGAAUACAAAGAAAAACUGAUGGUGGCGGACAAAGAAAUUGAGAGUCUCAAUGAGAACCUUGGAAGUGAAAAAUCAAGAUAUAUUAAGUUGGAAAAGGAGUUUGAGGAUUUUAAGUCCUGUUGUACUUGUUCCAAGGAAAAUUCAAUGGAGGCUCUUAAAGUAGAUACUGACUUUCAUGCCAAGGUAUAUAUAGCGGGGAAUGAAUGUAGCAAUUUUGAUGAGGCAAAAGUAAAGCUUCAUUCCCCCAACCUCAAGGUAUCUGAAUGUGCCGGUGCUACACAUGAUCAGGAUGUUACCAGUCGGAUGGAUGAGAGUGUUCAUCCUCCCAAUCUCAAGGAACCAAAAUGCAGCAGCACUCCAACAUGGGAUCUGGUUUUUUCAACUCAGGCAGGAGUAGAGUUGCAUUCUCCUAACCUUGAGGCAACUGAAUGCACCAGUACUCCUACACAUGAUCAGGAUGUUAUAAGUCUGGUGUGCGAGAGUGUUCAUUCUCCUAACCUCACGGAAUAUAAAUGCAGUAGCACUCCAACAAUGGAUAGCGAUAUUUCAACUCAGGUAGAAGUAAGGAGUCAUUCUCCUAACCUUAAGGCAUCUGUAUGCAUCAGUACUCCUGAACAUGAUCAGUGUGUUACAACUCAGGUGGAUGAAGGUGUUCAUUCUCCUAAUGUCAAGGAAUCUAAAUGCAGGAGCACUCCAACAUGGGAUCAGGAUAUUCCAAGUCAGACAGAAGUAAAGAGUCAUUCUCCCAGCUUGAAAGCAUCUGAAUGCACCAUUACUGCUACACAUGAUCAGGAUGUCACAAGUCAGAUGGGUGAGAGUGUUCAUUCUCCUAGCCUCAGGGAAUCUAAAUAUACUAAAUCUCCAACAUGGGAUCAGGAUAUUUCUGUUCAGGUUGAUGUGAAUGUUCAUUCGCCCCACUCUGAGGCAUCUAAAUAUAGUAGCACUCAGGAUCAGGCUCAAGAUUUUCUCACUAAGAAACAAUUGGAUCUGCCCCCAUCCGAGGAAGAUGUUGCAUCCAGCAAACAGUGCAACCUUGAUUUGCCUGAUUGUGAAAUAAGAUCUGACACUGUAAGGAAACAAUUGGAUCUGCCACCAUCCGAGGAAGAUGUUGUAUCCAGCAAACAGUGCAACCUUGAUGUGCCUGAUUGUGGAAUAAGAUCUGACAAUUCAUGCAAAUCAUUGAAUUUGAAGAAACCUAAGAGGAGACUUUUGCCUGCAUCAUCUAUAUUGCUGAGAGACAUCACUGCUUUUGGAAUUGAGGAUGAGCCCCAGAAACCAAAAGGGAAUAGAGGUGGAAAGAUAUUGCCUGCUAAUGAAAAAACUCAGGGCAGCAUCUCUCUCCGACGGUUGCUUCAAAGCAAUCUUCGUCUGUAGCACGCAAUUCUUUUUUAUAAUGCCAAGUUAGUACAUAAAAAUAUUGAUUCUGCAUGGAAUGGGAGGUCUUUUUUGUUUUAGUUGCGGCCUCCGCUUUAGUGUAGCUAGUCUCACGAGGCACAGAAGGAUUGCCACCAGCCCGCCACUAACAGCCAAUUUGUAGUUUUUCAUUGUCCUAGGCUAGGCACCAAGCCCCUUCAAUGGAAUUGGGCUUUCACCUUGUAACAGACUCAACAUUAACAUUUUGGUAUACAAGUCCGGUGGAUAUACCUUAACGCAA